CCACCCCAAUCUUUUCUUCUGAUCUGGUCAUAUUAUAUUAGGUAACUUCUGAAAGAGAUGACAAAUAUUUGAUUGCAACAUCAGAGCAGCCGCUUUGUGCAUAUCAUAUAGAUGGAACGAUCCAGCCUACCCAGCUACCCCUUAGGUAUGCUAGAUAUUCAACUUGCUUUCGUAGAGAAGUUGGAUCUCAUGGUCGAGAUACUCUAGGACUAUUUCGAGUUCACCAAUUUGAGAAAGUAGAGCAGUUUUGCAUUACCUCCCCACAUGACAAUAAUUCAUGGGUCAUGCACGAGGAAAUGCUUAAGAAUUCCGAGGAAUUUUACAAGGCGUUGAACAUUCCAUAUCAAAUUGUUUCCAUUGUAUCUGGUGCUUUAAAUGCUGCUGCUGCGAAGAAGUAUGAUCUUGAAGCAUGGUUUCCAGCUUCUCAAACUUACAGGGAGUUGGUAUCCUGUUCAAAUUAUACUGACUACCAGGCCAGAAAAUUAGAAAUUCGAUUUGGACAGAAAAAGAGCAAUGAUCCAGCGAAGAAAUACGUUCAUUUGUUGAACUCUACUCUCACUGCUACUGAGAGGACCAUGUGCUGCAUACUAGAGAACAACCAGAAGGAGGAUGGGGUAGAGAUACCAGAAGUCCUCAGGCCAUUCAUUAGUGGAAAGGCUCUCCUGCCCUUCAAGAACAAACCGAAUAACGAAGCCAAAGGGAAAAAAUCGAAGGCUUAAUUGCAUUAUGUCAUAUCAGAAGUCCUCAGGCCAUUCAUGGAUGGAAAGACUCUCCUGCCCUUCAAGAACAAACCGAAUAACGAAGCCAAAGGGAAGAAAUCGAAGGCUUAGAGAUACCAGAAGUCCUCAGACCAUUCAUGCAUGGAAAGACUCUCCUGCCCUUCAAGAACAAACUGAAUAACGAAGCCAAGCCAAAGGGAAGAAAUCGAAGGCUUAGAGAUACCAGAAGUCCUCAGGCCAUUCAUGGAUGGAAAGACUCUCCUGCCCUUCAAGAACAAACUGAAUAACGAAGCCAAGCCAAAGGGAAGAAAUCGAAGGCUUAGAGAUACCAGAAGUCCUCAGGCCAUUCAUGGAUGGAAAGACUCUCCUGCCCUUCAAGAACAAACCGAAUAACAAAGCCAAAGGGAAGAAAUCGAAGGCUUAGAGAUACCAGAAGUCCUCAGGCCAUUCAUGGAUGGAAAGACUCUCCUGCCCUUCAAGAACAAACUGAAUAACGAAGCCAAGCCAAAGGGAAGAAAUCGAAGGCUUAGAGAUACCAGAAGUCCUCAGGCCAUUCAUGGAUGGAAAGACACUCCUGCCCUUCAAGAACAAACCAAAUAACGAAGCCAAAGGGAAGAAAUCGAAGGCUUAAUUGCAUUAUGUCAUAUUGUGUAACUCAUUAAUCUAUAAACCUUGUGUUUUAUUGGCUUUGUUGGGUUUGUUUUAAACAUUGUGAAAGUUGGGUUUGUUUUAAACAUUGUGAAAGGUUUAGACCCUGCA